AUGGACGACCCCGCGAUGGAGCCUCUCAUGGCUGCCGAUGCCGUCGCCCACGCCCGCCGCCGCUUCUCGGCCUCUAAACCCUCCUCCGCUGGCCACGACACAGCCAAACCCCGAUCCCAGGUCAACGAUGCUGGAAUGCUGGAUCCCGAUACUUGCCGGAUAUGCAGAGGCGAGGCGACCGCCGAGGAACCGCUCUUCUACCCCUGUAAAUGUAGCGGUAGCAUCAAGUAUGUCCACCAGGACUGCUUGAUGGAGUGGCUUUCGCAUUCCCAAAAGAAACAUUGCGAGCUCUGCAAGACACCCUUCAGGUUCACGAAGCUGUAUUCGCCAAAGAUGCCCAAGACACUGCCGGCCCACGUCUUCGUCGGCCACAUGGCCAAAUAUUUAUUCAGGAACGUCCUUGUCUGGCUGCGGGCUGCCCUCGUCAUCAGCGUAUGGCUCUGCUGGCUGCCUUACCUGAUGCGCUCCGUGUGGGCUUUCUUGUUCUGGGUGAGCGAUGAAGGCCUAGGAAGCGGCGCACUCUGGAAUAGCUCGAAUGCAACAGUCAGCAGAGGCGUAUCGGUGGCCUUCUCCGUUGCUUCAUCUACCGUCUGCCCAGCAUCACCUCUCCUGGAACCCACGACGACUCCCGCGAACUUGGGGGGAAUGUUGAAGGACAUGAUCCAGGGCCAGGAGCUCCCAUUCAGCCGCUCUUUCCAUGGCGUCAACAUCACCACGAACGACUCAAUGUCGGCCGCUCUAUUGCGAAUGCUCCUCGGCUCCAUUACGUCUUCAGGGUCCAGCAAUUCUACACUAUCGGCCGCUGGAAACAGUGAUCCCGUUCUGGACCGCCACCCGUCUCUCCUGAGCGGUGUGAGGUGGUUGCGCAACUUGACUCGGUAUCCCGUAGUCAACCGGACCGUCAUUGGCGUCUUGGAAGGCCAGAUUAUCACAAUUCUGGUCAUUAUUUCUUUCAUUCUGGUAAUCUUGGUCCGUGACUAUGUCGUUCAACAGCAGCCCGAGAUCAACAUGAGAGCCGCUUUUGCUGCCAAUGAUAACCCACAGCCGCAGCCUCAUCCCCACCCCCAAGAACACAAUGGCCAUGAACGUGGCCACAAUGACGCGCACCAUGCCCAAGCUGAUGAUUUCGUGCUCGAUCAUGAUCAUGACCACCAAGAGAGCGACGACGAGGACCUUGAGUCAAUGACGGGUGGGCACUAUGGGUCUGAGGAUGACAUUCCCAUGAAUUGGGAUGAUCAGGAACCGACCGCUGCCGUUCACGAACCGGCUCAACUGCGGCCUUUCGGCGAAUCUCGUCCCCGUGCUUUUGACGGUGCUAACGCUGAUUUCGACUUCAACAAGCCGCUUGAACCAGCCCCCAAUAGAGAUACGCAGACGCCUGUUGCCACCGUCCAUGAAUACCUUCGAAUCUACCGCCAAGCAGGCGGCGACCCAGAGAAGAUUCUCAAAAUCAUCGAAGAGGAGGAGCUCGAUGACACUCUAGGCUACUGGGCGCGGAUCACUCGCUCGAUGAUUGAUAAGAACAGCAGGGAAGCUGGCACGGAACAGUCGAACAAGAAUGAGGCCGGGUCUGAAGGCCCCUCCAACCCUAGAGAAUCACAGCCAUCGCCGCAAGCUCCUAUUCAGUUGCCCGCACCGUCCACACCGCAGUUUUCAUGGCCUCCCAAUCUUUCAGCCGACAGCGGUGCCAAUGGUGAUGCCAAAGGUAAAGGAAAGGAGGCCCAGCAGGAGACUGGCCAGGAGUUUAGGUUCGGCGAAGACGGUGGAAGCAUAUCGCGUACAACUUCUUUCCAGAGCCCCCUUCGACCUCGGUCUGUUUCUGAUGGGCCUCAACGCAACGAGUUUAUCAAUCCUCUGGCCAACAACAGUUGGUCUUUUUCCAAUUUGAAUGCGGAUCCGCCAGCGGAGGCCCAGGAGCCCACACCCAUCCCGCGUCCGGCACCACAACUUCGCUAUCAGGGCUUUGCGGAAUCUUCUACGCCACCCAUCGGUACUCCUAUCGAGUUUGGCUUCGACAGAGAUGCUGGCUUAGGGCGUCUCCCACCCCCUCGGCAUGACGAGACUUUUGAAGACCAGGGCCCUGAGCUGGGUCCAGUGCCAGCAGACUUUGUCGGGCCUAGGCAAGACACCGAUACCAGAGAGGAACCGCUCGUUGAUGUGGUUGAUGCUCACGGAGAAAUUCAAGAAACUGAAGAUGGAAGAGUUGCUCAGCGCCCACCUCUUCAGCGUGGCGUCAUGGACCGGGUUGCUGAUUUCAUGUGGGGUGGCAUUGAAGUACGAGAGCUGGACAUUGGCCGGGACGGAGAUGAAGCUGCCCAUGAAAAUGACGACGAUAGCGAUGAAGAAUUUGACGACUUGGACGAUGAUGACCAGGAUGACGCUGAGCAAGACCGUGAAGUCGUUGAAGCAGCCGUUGCCGCAGGCCUGGACCCCGAAGCCAUCGACGAUGCCGAGGACUUUGAAGGCAUCAUGGAGCUGAUUGGCAUGCGUGGGCCUAUUGCUGGGCUCUUCCAGAAUGCUAUUUUCUGUGUUGUACUCGUUUCGGUCACCAUCUUUGUCUGCGUUUUCUUGCCCUACAACCUAGGCCGAGUCAGCGUCUGGGCGGCCAUGAACCCGAUGCGCCUGGUGCGUAUGCUCUUCAGCAUGACGAAGUUCAUACAAGAUCUAGCGGUUGGUGUCAUGACUGGAUUUGCCAGUUUGGCUCUGUCCUUUAUCUACACAUCAGGCAGAAUGAUGGGCUUCCCGGCUGGAAAUGGUGUCGGUACGCUCAUGAUGAAGACCUUCAAUCUCUUCACAAGUGCGUCCAGCCGAGUUCUCGAAAGCCUCACCAGCGAACUGCCCAUUAUUUCCACCACUGAGAUGCAGAACUUCUCUGCCAUCAGCCACGAAGCACUGCUCAAUCUCAAGGCAUACGUCUCCGGAUCCUUUGUCACUUGUGGGGACGUUCUCAGCUCCAUCUUCGACCGUGAUUUGAUUACCAACGCCAAGCACGUAGCGUCAUUGUUGGCGACCGCUGCAGUUUAUGUCUGGAACGCUGCUCGAAACAUUCCCGUCAGCGUUCUGAACCCUGGAUCGUGGGUCAUCAGCUUCAGCGUGCCGGAACCUUCGACGUCAGUUAAUCCUGCACUGUCAUAUUGGUCAGGAGCCGACCGCUUCUGGGCCAUACUCUGCGGUUACUUUACGUUCUCGGCCAUCAGCGCUCUCUACCUCCGCCGGGGAUCUCCAUUCUCCACGGGGCAGACAGGUCAGGAGUGGGAAGCCUCGCUGAUCGACCUGCUGAACCAGGCCAGCGGUGUUAUGAAGGUUAUUCUUAUAAUCAGCAUAGAGAUGCUGAUUUUCCCGUUGUACUGCGGUCUCCUUCUGGAUGUCGCCUUGCUCCCGCUCUUUGAGGAUACGACUCUGAAAUCUCGCGUGGCUUUCACGAUGAAUUAUCCACUAACCUCCAUCUUUGUGCACUGGUUUGUGGGAACGGGCUACAUGUUCCACUUCGCCCUGUUUGUUUCCAUGUGCCGGAAGAUUAUGCGCAAAGGUGUCCUCUACUUCAUCCGCGAUCCUGAUGACCCCGAAUUCCACCCUGUUCGGGACGUUCUCGAACGUAACGUCAUGACGCAACUUCGAAAGAUCCUCUUCUCCGCCUUUGUGUAUGGAGCGCUGGUCAUCAUCUGCCUAGGUGGAGUGGUUUGGGGAUUGGCUCUGACGCUUCCCAACGUUCUUCCCAUCCACUACUCAUCCAACGAACCGGUCUUGGAGUUCCCGGUUGACCUUCUCUUCUACAACUUUGCAAUGCCUUUGGCCGUCAAGUUCUUCAAGCCCAGUGACGGCCUGCAUGCCAUGUACACAUGGUGGUUCCGUAAAUGUGCGAGAGGACUUCGCCUUACUUGGUUCCUGUUUGGUGAGCGCCGCAUCGACGAGGAGGGUAUUCUGGCUCUGCGGCCCGGUCCCGAUAACGAGGCGCUACCAUGGUGGAAGCGAUGUUUCCUCGAAGUCAACAAGCAGAACAAGGUUGUGCCGAAAACCUGGGAGGAUACCUUCGAGGGCGGCACAGCCAAACCAGCGUCUGCCAUUGCAAACGACCAAAUGACCAUUCUUAGUCUCAAAAAAGCCACCCUCGUUGAUUCAGGCCAACUUAUCGAAGAUGGCCACUAUGUUCGCACGCCGGCCUCUGACCAGGUCAAGAUUCCCAAGGGAAGACGCGUGUUUAUGCCGGUUUUGGAGAACAAUACUCGUCUGGACGGCAAAAACGAUUCACCCGACACCGAUCUUUACUCGACAGACCAGUAUCAGCUGGUGUAUAUUCCACCACACUUCCGGGUCCGUGUGUUCCUAUUCAUCAUGUUUAUCUGGCUUUUUGCUGCCGUCACGGGCGUCAGCUUCACCAUUGUGCCGCUUGUGUUCGGACGCAAGAUGUUCAAGGUCCUUAUUCCCGCGCACAUCAGGACCAACGACAUUUAUGCUUUCAGCAUUGGUAUUUACAUCCUGGGCUCUCUGGCCUACUUCCUUUUCCAUGCCCGAUCCAUCUUCAAGAAGAUGAGUGUUCGGGCUUCAUCGGCGUUGCAAUCUGUCUGGCAUAGCGAUGCUCCUAUGCGUUUCGCACUCGUCGGCCUCCAAGCCGCCAAGCUCGUCUACGCAUACAGCGUUCUCCUCGUCGUUUUCCCACUGAUUUUGACCGCGCUCAUGGAGCUGUACUGCCUUAUCCCGCUCCAUACCUACAUGUACCCGCCUACGCCCUACGUGAUUGGGGCCAACAGCGGUGGCCAGUUCAAGGAUGGCAUCGUUGUGCAGAACCAGCACACGACCCGAGUCAUCCAGUCCUGGACACUGGGCCUGCUCUACGUCAAACUUGGCGCUCGCGCCAUUACCAGUUUAUACGAAGGUACUCGCAUGGCACAAGCCGUCCGCGCCGUUCUCCGCCGCGGAUGGCUCCAACCUGACGUCCUUGUUCUGACCAGGGCUUUUGUCCUCCCUGGGCUGAUCAUCGGGGGUCUCGCCAUCUUCGGCCCUCCGUACGUUGUGGGCUGGAUGGAAUCCCACGGUGUGCUGGGCACACCCGCCCCGGCACCUCACGAGCUCAAGAUGGUCUACCGUCUCUCAUACCCUGCCGCGGCAUUCAGCGCCUUGGCGGCCGUGGCCUUCUGGAGCGUUGUGGGUAUCUUUAGCAACUGGAAGGCGCGCAUCAGGGAUGAGGCCUACCUCAUCGGAGAGAGGUUACACAACUUUGGAGUCGGUGCUGCCGGUGCCGCAGGUGCUCGCGGACCUUGGAGAGUCAGGGGUAGGUUGUAG